AUGGCAAGCCAAAUCGUUGUCUUAGCACUCAUCUUCGUCGCCAUCGUUGGUUGUGUAUCGGCCCAGGCACCCGCCACAACCCCCACCACUUCCCAAGCCGCCGCCGCACCUGUAGCGGAUGCCACCACCCCAUCUGGCUCCGCAGCAGCACUUACCCCAGGCUCUGACGCAGGUGCAUUAUCUCCCACCGAAGGCUCCGCUAACUCCCCCGUCGACAGUCCCGUUGGCAACACCGACGACAUUGCUGCAUCCGUUCCUGCCCCAGAACCUUCCACAAAGAAGAGCGGUGCAUCAUCCUUGGGAUUCUCCGCCGUCACCGGUGCCGCCGCAGUUGCCGGUUACUUCCUCUUCUGA